CACUCCCACCGUGGGAGGACGGAGUCACUGCCGCCGGAUAGUCCCCCUCAGCUGGGAGGGGCAGCAGAGCUGGGUCCUCUGAGAAGUUGCUUUCCUUGGGGAAACGAUCGAGCACGUUAGGUUUAUAACAGUUUUUUUUCAAGGUGUUGUACUCAGAGAGGAUGUUGGGUGUGGCUGGAAUGCCUGGCAGCAUUGCCAAUGCCCUGGCCAGUGCAGCCUGCGAGCGAUGCAAGAGCGGCUUCGCUCCGACUGAGAAGAUUGUCAACAGUAAUGGAGAGCUUUACCAUGAACAGUGCUUCGUGUGUGCCCAGUGUUUCCAGCAGUUUCCAGAGGGGCUGUUCUACGAGUUUGAGGGGAGGAAAUAUUGUGAACACGACUUCCAGAUGCUCUUUGCUCCCUGUUGUCACCAGUGCGGAGAGUUCAUCAUUGGUCGUGUCAUCAAGGCCAUGAACUAUAGUUGGCACCCCGACUGCUUCUGCUGUGACAUUUGCCAGGCUGUGCUUGCAGAUGUGGGCUUUGUCAAGAAUGCUGGCAGGCACCUGUGCCGGCCGUGCCAUAACCGCGAGAAAGCCAGAGGCCUGGGCAAGUACAUCUGCCAGAAGUGCCAUGCCAUCAUCGAAGAGCAGCCACUGAUCUUUCAGAACGACCCCUAUCACCCGGACCACUUCAACUGCACCAACUGCGGGAGGGAGCUGACAGCAGAUGCCAGGGAGCUGAAAGGAGAGCUCUACUGUUUGCCCUGCCACGAUAAGAUGGGUGUACCCAUCUGCGGUGCCUGCAGGAGACCUAUCGAGGGGCGUGUUGUCAAUGCCAUGGGCAAGCAGUGGCAUGUGGAGCAUUUUGUGUGUGCCAAGUGUGAAAAGCCUUUCCUCGGUCAUCGCCAUUAUGAGAGAAAAGGACUGGCAUACUGCGAGACUCAUUAUAACCAGCUCUUCGGUGAUGUGUGUUAUCACUGCAACCGUGUGAUUGAAGGCGAUGUUGUGUCCGCUCUCAACAAGGCCUGGUGUGUCAGCUGUUUCUCAUGCUCCACCUGCAACACCAAACUCACUCUCAAAGAUAAGUUUGUUGAAAUUGACCUGAGGCCAGUGUGCAAGCACUGCUAUGACCGCAUGCCCGAGGAGCUGAAACGCCGCCUGGCCCGACGUGAGCGCGAUGCCAAAGAGCGCAAGAAAAAGCCUGCUGUCUGUCAGUAGAGUUCUUAUUCUUUACAACUCACCACUCCAUCGAUUGGAACAAGUUUGUUGAGUUUGACAUGAAGCCUGUUUGUAAAAAGUGCUAUGAGAAGUUUCCUCUGGAGCUCAAGAAAAGGCUCAAGAAGCUGGCAGAGUCCAAGUGAGCUGCUUCAGGCCAAACAACCUGGAAGUUUUUGUCUGUGAUGUCUGUGGUGGUAAAAUAUCCAGGGGAAAUACUGCUUAACAACACAAGAGCCUGGCAUUUAAUCGGUACAUAAAUAUUAAAAACUUUAAUCUGGGAUCCAUUUAAAAAUAAAUGUUUACCAUUGUGGUCGUUUCAUAAAUGUGCUUCAUUUAUGUGCUUUUUAUCUUUUUUUAAAAAAAAAUGCAACUGCUAUUUUUUAAAAAAUACAUUCCUAAAUUAGCCAAAGUGAUCAUUUUCUUGUAAGCGAGAAAAAUACAAGGAACAAAAUUUGAUCUUCUGUACACCUGUGCCUUUAAUAUCUGAACAUGUAAUAUGACUAUAAUGUGCAGUUAUGCCUUCCUAUAUCUGUUUUAAAGAGUGUGAGUCAUUAGAAGGGGACCACUGUGUUCCUCAGAGUAUCGUAACAGUGCCUCUUUUUUGGGGGGGGAAAAAAUCUUAAAUGAGCUGUUAUUUUUGGGAGCUAGAAGCAAUUUUCAUCAUUAUGUGUUAAUGAAACUACAUUGGGACAAACAGCUGUAUGGUUUCUGGCACCACCGCUGUACCAGCCCGGCAGGCUAUUCAGAGAAUUAUUACAUGACUAAAACUGGGCCUUUGGGAGAAAUGGGAACAGCAGAGGGUGCUGCUACUACAGAAUCCGAGCAUUAUCUUUCAAGUGUUGUCAGCAUGCUCUGUAUGCCUUCAUUGUGUGUGGCUGUGUAAGGUUGUUCGUACGGUAAAUGUUCAUCGGAUAUAUUUUUUUUAGACAAAUUAACAUUUUGCGUCUUCCUGUGAAAAACUUGUCAAAGGAUUUAAGAUGAAAUGACCCUUCAGCUGAAUAUUUAACCUGCUUUGUUUAAAAUAUUGCCGUGUCAGCAUUUUGCUGGCACCAGCAAAUCUGUUUAGAAAAAAUUAAGUGCCACACAACAAACUGCAUUUGUUCGAAUGAUGAAAUACUUCGGGAAAAAAAAAAAGUUUACAGUUCACGGAAGCAUAUAUUCAGUGUUUACCAUCAGGAUGAAUGAUCAAUAAAGUAUUUCUGAAUACAU